AGAACUGGAAAGGCAGAAGAUGCUUGUGGGGCUCAGGCUCAGCUCAAAGUCUAUCAUCUCUCACCCUCAUCCUUUCCUUCCUCUUCUUCUUCUUCUUCUUCUUCUUCUGUUUAUGUUGAAUUGAAGAAACACAGAGGCUCUGUGAUUGUUAAGAGAUCAUGGCGAAGGAAACAGAGUAUUAUGAUGUUCUGGGUGUUAGUCCUUCUGCUUCAGAGGAGGAUAUUCGCAGGGCUUACUAUCUUAAGGCAAGACAAGUUCAUCCAGAUAAAAAUCCAAAUGACCCUCAGGCUGCUGAAAGAUUUCAGGUAUUAGGUGAAGCUUAUCAGGUUUUGAGUGAUCCAGUGCAAAGAGAUGCAUAUGAUCGAAACGGGAAGUACUGCAUAUCUAGGGAGUCCAUGCUUGAUCCCACAGCUGUCUUUGCUCUUCUUUUUGGAAGUGAACUUUUUGAGGACUAUAUAGGACAUUUAGCUGUGGCAUCGAUGGCUUCCUCUGAAUUAGCAAUGGAAAGUGAUACUCCUGAAAAGCUACAUGACAAGUUGAAGGCUGUCCAGAAAGAGAGGGAAGAAAAGCUUGCUAGAGUACUCAAAAACUUUCUUCAUCAAUAUGUUCAAGGGGAUCAAGAAGGAUUUGUAAUUCGUGCAGAAUCUGAGGCACAACGACUUUCCGAUGCAGCUUUUGGAGUUGAUAUUUUGAACACUAUUGGCUACAUAUAUGCAAGACAAGCAGCACAGCAACUAGGAAAGAAAGCCAUUUAUCUUGGGGUACCUUUUUUGGCAGAGUGGGUUCGCAAUAAGGGACAUUUCUGGAAGUCACAGAUGACUGCGGCAAGAGGCGCUUUUCAGUUACUUCAACUUCAAGAAAAUAUUCGCCGACAAUUCAAAGUGAAUGGUGGCAGCCCUGAAAAUGAUGUUGAACCGAAUAUUAGACUGAAUAAGGAAACAGCUAUGAACUCCUUGUGGAAACUGAAUGUAGUUGACAUUGAAGUCACACUGUUACAUGUAUGUCAAAUGGUACUACAAGAAAAUAAUGUUAAGAAGGAAGAACUUAAAGCUCGUGCCAUGGCUUUGAAAAUCCUUGGGAAAAUAUUUCAGAGCGAAAUGCUGGCACAAAAUGGUGGAACAUCAAAGGGGAAAAAUGCCACAGACGUAAAUGCAGAUGACAGCAGUUCUGAUAGCAGUGAUGAAGAGGAUUCACCACGAGCACUUAGUUAUCGAACUCCUCUAAUUACUCAGGCACGUACAUGUUAGAAGAUUUACAAUUUUCCUGUUCUUUACAAAAAUGCCUCAGCUCACAAAUAUGAAUGAAGAAAAUUGAUAUUUGGUCAAUCUAAACUGAAGUAGUUGGAUAUAAGCCUGCAUUUGAUUUGGUUGAGCAAUGGAUCAAGAUUCAUUUGAAGCAAGUGCUUCUUCCCUCUUUCUUGUGUAAAUUAUAAAAUAUUUUUCUCUUUGAAAAUGGAUGGAGGUAGAAUAUUACCUGUUUUUUUUUUAUCAUAACUACCAUGCCAUUAACCUCCAGCAAGUCUACAAAGGCAUGAACAAUGCCUGUUGUUGAUCGAAGUUUGAAUCGUCUCUACUUGUUUUGAUGAGGAUUGGAAUUAAGGGAAGGUCCUUCUGCACAAUGGAUUAGUCGAGCUCCAAAAGGGACCCAAAUACUAUUGGUACAGAAAAAAAAAAAAAAUAUUUGAUAUGUACCUAAGUGAAAAUUUAUUGUUUGUGUUAUUGGCUUCUGGUUUGCUAUUUUUAGGUUGCUUUACCCUGUGCCUGACGCAUAGUAUGCCUAUUUAUAUAUUGUAGCAGUUGUUCAUGAUGUCUGCUAAUGAUAUAUAGUUUAGCAAAUGCAAUAACCCCAUCCCAAGCUAAAGAGCUGCAGCACUUCUUGUGGGCAUGCAGGGCAUUGGUCGACUCUUCAGAUGUCUUUGCAAUCCAGCAUUUGACGUUGCUGAUGAAGAGAUUGUCUACAAAAGUAAGUGAGGCAUGGAUGUAAGGGAAGUGACUAGUGUUCCCUCUGAUGGUUCUUCUGAGAUUUGUGGGCAUAUAUACUAAAAGGCAUCUUGUUUUAAAGAAGAUGCUAUGUCUGUUAUUCUGGAGAAACUUAUCAUUACAACCAAUUUACUGAA